GACAACUUUAUGAAAUAAAGGUACCUUAUAUACCUUAGGUACAAUACGCACAGUUUAGCAUUUUAUGUGACGCGACUGCCACCCCUCGAAAACAACUAGAGUUCCAUUUAACUUUUCUUUACUGCUUUUCGACCUAACGCGUCACGCUAACUUUUUGUAGUGGUAUCGGACUUGUCAAACCACUGGCACUCGACUACCAUUUAAAUCGUCGUCACACCUGCGGCCGUCCCACUUUCGUCCCGCAACUAUUUUGACCGCUUUCAGACCAGGCAAAAUAGAAAUAGAACCGUUUUCUGUCGAGGCAACUAUCGAAGCCCACUAUCGAGAGACAACAAAACCCCACAUUGUUUGUCGACAACAACAAUAAUAACAACCCCAACCGCAACCACCACAAUAAUAAAUAUUCGAGGCUUGUUCUAAUAACCACCUUAAUCUGACUGGAUCGUAACGAGGAAUCGAGCCACCGACAAUGGAGGACCAACUCGUCCAGGUCCUCGCCAAUACUCAGCUGGCUGCCGAAGGUCCUAGAAAGCAAGCAGAGCUCGACCUGAAGCAUGCAGCUAGUAAUCCCGCAUUUCCCCUAUCUCUUGCGAAUAUAGCCCAACAUACGUCUAUUUCCGUAGACAUUCGACAGGCUGCUCUGUUUGCUUUGCGACUCUUCAUCGAGAGAAACUGGAGCGGGGAGAACGACGAUGGCCCCGCCAUCCCUAUCGCCGAUGCUGUCAAGGAUCAGAUUCGACCCUCGGUUCUCGAUAUUGCCUUGAACUCGGACGAUAGAAAGAUCAAAAUUGCCGCCAGUUAUUCAGUCGGAAAGAUCGCUAAUAUUGACUUCCCCGAGCUAUGGCCUUCGCUUCUCCCCACCUUACUCGAGAUAAUUCCGAAUGGCAACGACAACCAGCUUCACGGUGCUUUAAUAGUCCUCCGCGACUUGGUCGAGGAGAGCCUGAGUGAUGACCAAUUCUUCUCUAUGGCACGAGAUAUCGUCAAGGUCGUAUACGAUGUCGCCAUCAACGAAGGCCGAAAACCUGUCUUACGUGCUCUUGCUGUCUCCGUCUUUCGUGGCUGCUUUGACCUCAUGGAUACUGUUAAAGAAGAACACCCCAAGGAAGUUCAGGCGUUUGCAGACGAGGCAAUGAAGGGAUGGUUUCCUUUCUUCCACCAGGUUAUGAAGCUGAGACUCCCUAGCUUAGAGCCUCAGUCAUCUGUACAGCCUGAUGCGUGGAAUGGAAUAAUCGCUCUCAAGCUGCAGGUUGUGAAAUGUCUUCUCAAGCUCAAAUACGUUUUCCCAAGCCUCCUACUACCCGAAACGCCGCAUUACUUUCAGGCUAUCUGGGAAGAACUGCUACUCCUCGAACCCGCCCAUGAACAACUGUAUAUUGAGAACGACGCCCAAGGCAGGCUAGAAGACUCCGAUGGUCUUCCUUACACCUUGGACUUCCUAGUUCUAGAGGAAUUAGAUUUCCUAAACGGUUGCUUGCGUGCCCCACCUGUAUGCAAGGAGCUAUCAAAUCAGUUGGCAUCGUACGCUUCUGCGCAUGAAACACCGUGGGUGCUGGAACUCAUGCAGCUAGCCACCUCUUAUGCGCUUAUUACUAGAGAAGAGGAAGAGUUAUGGGACAUAGAUGUCUCCCUCUACCUUGCAGAGGAGCAGUCCGUGAGCGCCAACUACACCCCUAGAACUGCUUGCGGAGAUCUUCUCAUUAAGCUCGGUGAAUGGUUAAGCCAGCAGGCCUUGGAAGGACUCUUCGCUUAUACGAAGAGCCUAUUUGUCGAAAAUGCGCCAUGGAGAAGACAAGAGGCUGCUCUUUACUUGCUUAACCAGCUUGUGAAUGAUUUCUUAGAAGUCGGCAAAAUCGUACCUCCGGAGAUCGGUCAGGCGUAUCUUGAACUCGUAACCUAUGCUAUUAACCGUUCCGGGGAACCGUUACUACGGGGCCGUGGCUAUCUAGUUGCUGGCGUGCUAGCCCAAUGUGAUGGCAUAGCAGUUGGGCUUCUAGACCGGACGAUCCAGGCUAUCGCAGCGGAGCAAUCUGAGCUGGUGCAGGUUGCUUGCAUCAAGGCAGUCGAAGGAUUUCUCCAGAGCGGGAACAGUGCCGGUAACCAAGUGGUUCAAGCGAAUGUGGUCAAUGCUAUCUCUCAAUGGAUGUCUGCCAGGGAUAUGUCCGAACUUGAGCAGGCGGAUGACUUGCUUGUCACGCUCACCGAAACUCUACGAGCUGCUAUCAAUAUCGACAAACGAGUUGCCGUAUCCAACGAUGUUCCUGCCUUGGAUUUACUGUUCCUUAUUGCCAAGCAUGGCUCGACUAAUUGGCAGGUUACUAUGCUCAUUUGCGAGGAGUUUGAGGACAUCGUUAAAACAAUGCCAGACCCAGUCUCAUACCAAGCGCUUUGCCAGAAAGUUCUCCCUACACUAAAUGGAGCAUUCAACGUUGCCGAUAUUACUUCAGACAACCCACUCAUCACGUUCGCAACCGAAUUAAUGGCCGCCCUCACUCAGUAUGCGUCGGAGCCAUUACCUCCUGGUUUUGUAGCAGCUACGUUGCCUAAGCUGAGCCGCCUGCUCAUGGAGAGUAAAGAAGGCGACAUUUUAAGGCCGGGUGCUGAAUCCGUCAAAUAUCUUUUGGCACAUGACCACGAGCAGGUGCUCAACUACCAUGACGAGAACAAUAGGUCUGGUCUCGAGGUCUGCCUACAUAUCAUUGACCGAUUGCUAGGGCCCUCGAUAGAGGACAACGCGGCCUCUGAAGUUGGUGGCCUUGCAGCCGAACUUGUGGAAAAAGCAGGCCACGAACGACUUGGCCCAUUCUUACCGCAACUUUUACAGGCGGUUGCCAACCGGCUGGCCUCGGCUGAGGCCGCUGGGUUUAUCCAGUCCCUUAUCCUGGUCUUUGCUAGACUUUCUCUAGUUGGUGCUCAGGACGUUGUCGCAUUCCUCAGCACUAUUCAGAUCAACGGGCAAAGUGGUCUACAGGUUGUCUUAAGCAAGUGGCUGGAAAAUUCAGUCAACUUUGCGGGAUAUGACGAAAUCAGACAGAACGUGAUUGCUCUGUCCAAGUUAUUCAGCCUGAAUGAUCACCGUAUCCUUCAGACGACAGUGAAGGGUGACCUGAUCACACCUGCAAGUGAUAGGAUCAUGACUAGAUCCCGUGCUAAGCAAACCCCGGAUGAAUAUACCGCGAUCCCUGCCCCGUUAAAGAUCCUCAAGGUUCUAAUUGAAGAACUCCUCUCGGCAUCAGGGGUGAACAGUGCCGCUAACACCGCUGCUGCGGUGGCUGCCGCUGAAUUUGCCGAUGACGACGACGAUGAUGGUUGGGAGGAUGACCCAGACACAUUGGACCUCAACCUUGGUAGCGUGAAGAACGAUUUAAUGGGCUACCUAGAAGCCAACAACAUGCGUCGUCGGGAUGACGAGACCCAAGCUUACCUCAUAGAAUUCUUCCACAACGCAGCGCGCGACAAUAUUGCUGGAUUUGGAGAAUGGUACAACCAACUGAACGAGGACGAGAAGUUGAAACUGAACGAACUUUCGGCGCAAUAGACUUAUGCCUAAGCGAUACCCAAUGCGGCAGGGAUUUCAAGAAGAAUUUCCGGAGGAUACCUAAUAGUCGAUAAUCAAGUUCGCAUUGUGAAGUUGAGAGAGGUGCUUAACUAGUCGCAAGGUGUUCUUUACAAUUCCAUACCUAGGCAAUCAAAAGAAUUGCAAAAGAUCGGAUAUAUCCCCCUUCAGUAUAAUAUGGAUUCAGUCGACUGGGUGUACCUAGGUAGUGGUAGCAGAGGUGGAAAUGCGUAUUUGGGUACAGUAUGCAAUUACUAGUAAAUUAAUGCAUUGUCGCCGGCUGUCUUAGGUAGCUUGAGGGGGGGGGAUUACCUAGAGAGACGAGGUUUCUGCCUGGGAAAAGAAAGAAGAAAUGACAGAGAACGAGAACGAGAAGGAGAAAAGAGGGUGAGGAUGAGGAAAAGACGGAAAAGACGGAAAAGAAAAGAAAAGAAAAAUAUGAGCCGUAAGUAGGUACCUACCUCUUAUAAAAAGAACCAACGAUGAAUUUUAUAUCCUCUUACCUUUUGCUAUUGA